UAUUAGCACAAGAUGAUGAUGUUAUUGUCGGUAUUGAACUUCCAAAAUUAUAUACAUGGGAUUUUAAAACAGGACAAUACAAGAUGAUUCUUAACAAAAAUAAACAAAUUACAAAAAAUUAUAAGGAAGAUGUUGUGGGUGUAUUGUUAAUAAUACCAAAAAAUCAAAAAAGUUGUUCAAUAUGUAAAAAUGACAAUGUUAGAAUGUUAGGUUUUAACAAACGUACAUAUAUUGAUAUUG